GGCCCGUCCUGCCCUCCGCGCCAUGGCGCCCGCCGUGCCCCGGCUGCUCGGCGCGGGUGUCUGGUCCCGGCCGCUGCGGCCGCGCCUGCUGCCGAGCGCGACCCCGGGGCGACCCCUGCCGAGCGGCAGGACCCUGACGAGCGCCGCGACCUCCGCCGUCAGCGCGCCCGAGAGCAGCACCGAUGUCAGCGACAGGAUCCUCAGUGAGCCCCUCAAGCACUCUGACUUCUUCAACGUCAAGGAGUUGUUUUCCGUGAGAAGUCUCUUCAACGCCCGCGUGCACCUGGGCCACAAAGCAGGCUGUCGGCACAGGUUUAUGGAGCCCUACAUCUUUGGGAGCCGCCUCGGCCAGGACAUCAUCGACCUGGAGCAGACGGCCGUGCACCUGCAGCUGGCCUUGAACUUCACAGCCCACGUGGCCUAUCGCAAGGGCAUCAUCUUGUUCGUGGGCCGCAACCGGCAGUUCUCGCACCUGAUUGAGACCACGGCCCGGGACUGUGGCGAGUAUGCACACACACGCUACUUCAAGGGCGGCCUGCUGACCAAUGCCCCGCUCCUCUUGGGCCCCGGGGUCCGCCUGCCGGACCUCGUCAUCUUCCUGCACACGCUCAGCAACGUUUUUGAGCCGCAUGUCGCUGUGAGGGACGCGGCCAAGAUGCACAUCCCCACGGUGGGCAUCGUGGACACCAACUGUAACCCCUGCCUCAUCACCUACCCCGUCCCUGGCAACGACGACUCGCCCCCGGCCGUCCAGCUCUUCUGCAGGCUCUUCCAGACCACGAUCCACCGGGCCAAGGAGAAGCGGAGGCAGAUGGAGGCCCUGUAUCGUCUGCAGGGCCCAGUGGAGCAGGGGGCCGGGGCCCAGGGGCUGGCUGCCCCUCCUUCCCUGGGAGCCUAGGCCGGGCUGGACCCAGGUCCCUCCACACCCCCACUCCUCACCCGACGGAGAGCGGCAGCCCAGCCUGCCGCUAUGCUGGGAGCCCCUUCCCUGGCCCUGGUCUCCAGCAGGUUCCCGGUGGCUCAAGGCAUCGCUUGGGUCCCUGCUGUUGGUAAACGUUCCCGGCAGCUGCCCCCCACCCCCACCCUAGGGGCCCGCUCCAGACCUGCGGGGCCCGGCAGAGACACAGAGAGCGGGCAGCUGGUCCCGAGAGGACCCGUCAGGAAACGUGCCUGUCCUAGA